UUGUUCAAAUAUUGCGAAAUUUCAAAUGUUGCACCUUUCAGUGACUCACAUUAGCCGGGUUUGCUUUAGCAUCAUACAAACUUUAAGCGUUCUAAAAACAAAAACAGCAUUCACAGCCAUGUCUAAAGAAUCUCAAGAAGUAAAAUUUUCCGGAUUUUUACCCUCACUACCAAAGGAAAAGCUUUUACAAAACUACGAAGAAGCCAAACAGAAAAUUGAUGUAGAGUCUGAGGACCACAAAGAAAUAUGGGAAGAAUUUUCAAAAGCGGUUACCGGCUGUAUUUGCGAGAUAGUCUUUAGCCCAAAAAUUUCCAACAAAGAAGAUUCGGAUAAAGCCAGUGCCUUACUCAAAAAUUAUAGGGAUGAUGCCUUAUUGAUUAAUCCAAAAUUUUUCAAUAAAUGGAUUUAUGACUUCAGAAAAAGAUUCUCAAGUCUAUUGGAUUUUUGGAAAAAUGAAAUGGUGGCCAAGGAAUUGGGUCCAUUGUGGACAGGAGAUUUUGAACUUUUUGAUAGAUUUGAUGAUCCAGAACCCGAAGUUCGUGAGGUAUUGUGGAAAUUGAUAUUCGAUGAACCUGCAUUGUCGGAGACAAAAGCGAAACAAGCCGCCGAAUUAUUAUGGGCAUACAAGGUAGAUGCAUGUUUCCGAUCGCCGUAUCAGUACAAUGAUUGGAUCGUCACGGUUCGUGAUGAAUUGGUCAAACGCAAAUUUGUCGAUUUUUGGAAAAUAGUUGUCGAUCAGGAAUUGGGUCUCAUCGGUUCCAAGGAAUCGGAUUACUUUGAUGAUAUGGACGAUCCGGAAAUUCCAGAAUUUUAUAAGAUUGGAAACGAUAAUUUAAAGAUGGAGUCCAAAUAAUUGUUUCCCAUAAAUGAUGGCGAAAAUAUUUAUGUAUUAUUAACUUUUGUAAUCAUAUGGUCUGUUCCAGAUCUGCAUGAGUGUACAAUUUAAUUUUUCUACUAUGGUACCGAUUUUCCCUUUAUGUUUAUGACUAAGCUGCACUUAGACACAAGACAAUAAAUACCUCUUUUGUGGCAUUUAUGCCCUUGAAUAUCA